AUGGACCCUGUGACAGCGCUGAACAACCCCGCAGAUGAUCAGCUGAAUUCAGAAGAGAAGAAGAAGCGAAAGCAGAGAAGGAACAGGACUACCUUCAACAGCAGCCAGCUCCAGGCAUUAGAGAGGGUCUUCGAGAGGACACACUACCCCGAUGCCUUUGUACGGGAAGACCUUGCACGCAGAGUCAACCUCACUGAAGCCAGAGUUCAGGUGUGGUUCCAGAACCGGAGAGCCAAGUUUCGCCGGAAUGAGAGGGCCAUGCUGGCCAGCAAGAAUGCCUCUCUGCUCAAAUCCUACUCAGGGGACGUGACUGCCGUGGAACAGCCCAUAGUACCUCGCCCAGCUCCGAGACCCACUGACUAUCUCUCCUGGGGUACUGCCUCGCCUUACAGUGCCAUGGCCACCUACUCUGCCACGUGUACCAACGCCAGCCCAGCGCAGGGCAUGAAUAUGGCCAACAGUAUUGCCAACCUGAGACUGAAGGCAAAGGAAUAUAGUUUACAGAGGAAUCAAGUGCCCACAGUCAAUUAA